UCUCCCUCAGAUUGGUUGUUAUGAUUGGUUCUCCCAGGCAGCACCUGUAUUUUAUACCUAGGGGGCAGUAUUGUAAUGUCCAAUAGGCUCCACAAUUGCUCUUUCAUCGUGGUCAUGUGAUCACCCCACCCUCCUGUUGUUGUUUGUAGCUUUGUCCUAGUGGAGCAGAGCUGCAGUGUAAAGCACCAGGGACAGGACAGUGGGCGGAGCCUGUGAAUGAUAGACUCCUCCCCCAGCACUGUGUUAUCUGAGUCCAGGAUAUGGAUGAUGGGAGUUAUACUGUCAUGGAGCAGAGCUGCAGUAUAAAGCAUUGGGGAGAGACUGCUCAGAACUUUCAUUGGCCGCUUACAGUCACAUGACCGGGGUGUCUCCGCAGCGCGCGCUCUGGUGUCUUCCUGUUUCACUUUCCUGUCUUUCAGGAUAAGCGGCCGCCAUGUUUGGCUCGUCCAGGGGAGGCGUUCGCGGGGGCCAGGACCAGUUCAACUGGGAAGAUGUGAAGACGGAUAAACAGCGGGAGAACUACCUGGGGAACUCUGUGAUGGCUCCGGUCGGUCGCUGGCAGAAGGGUCGGGAUCUGACCUGGUACACCAAGGGGAAGCGGGCCGGAGAGGCGCCGAGCAGGGAGCAGGAGCUGGCGGAGGUGAAGCAGGCGGAGGAGGAGGCCAUGCUGGCCGCCCUAGGUUACAAGACGGUGAAACGUCAGCCCAAGGGUCUAAGCAAGGAGGAGUUUGCGGAGGCGUGUAAGCGGGAAGGAACGGAGCGGGAUGAGCACGGUGUGGACCGGGUGCUGGGUCUGGGGACCUCCAGCGUCACCGCCGCCCGGAUGAACCUGUCCAAGGAAGACAAGGAGGCGGCCAAGAUGGGGUUCUCCAUCUUUACUCAUCAGAAAACCGGAGAGCGGCAGAAUCCUCCCGCAGAGAACGCGGCGGCGGAGAAGAGCGAGGAGGAGAAGACGUCAAGGAAGAAAACCAAGAAAGAGAAGAAGAAGAAGAGGAAGAAAGAGAAGAAGCACAAGAAGGAGAAGCGUCGGCGGGAGGAGGAGGAGUCAUCAGACGACACCGAGGAGGAGAGGCGGAAGAGAUCGGGCCCCCCCCAGCGUCAUCCAUCAUCGUCUCGUCCCCCUGGAGCCGGCAGGACUGACAGCCAUUCAUGGGAGCAGAGCCGCUCGCCGGGGCCCCGCACUGCACAGCGCCAUUCUUCCAGUGACAGCUCUCCUCAUCGGCCGGCGCGGCCCCCCGCCAAGACCAGCAGGAGGAGGUCGCCAUCUCCGCGUGGGGCCAGACGACGGCAUGACACGGACUCUGAGGAUUGAUGGGGCAGCGUGCGGUAGGGCGAUCCAGGGACAGCGCCGGCCUCAUGUGACUGAUGUGCCGGAACGGUCAGUGGGGUCAUAGUCUCCACAUCGCCAGCGCGGUCCGCGGCAGCGUCAUCCGGGGACGCUCAGAUUGAACUUUAUUGGGGGGAAAUGUAUCCUUGUAGAUAUGGUAACAUUUUUAUUUUAAUAAAGAAAACGUCUUCCUUUA